CCUUACUAUUGUUCUGUGGGUGCCGGAAAAGCUUUGGGUCGAGAUAUAUUGGAGGCGCACUACAGGGCUUGCCUCUAUGCUGGAGUGGAAAUCUGUGGUACCAAUGCGGAAGUUAUGCCGUCUCAGUGGGAAUUCCAAAUCGGCCCGUGCGUCGGAGUCAAUGCGGGAGAUCACAUUUGGAUGGCCCGAUUCCUUCUGCAUCGCGUUGCCGAAGAUUUCGGUGUCGUGGUCUCGUUUGAUCCGAAACCGAUGCCUGGUAACUGGAACGGUUCCGGAGCCCAUACAAACUUCUCGACCAAAGCGAUGCGCCGACCGGAUAUCGGAUUGAAAUGUUUGGCUCCUGCUGUUACCGAAUCGCAGGACAAGUCGUCUGGCACCUUGAUGAACCACAACCUUAGUGCGGAUGCUGAUUUCAAGGUGUUUCUGCUGGCGUUCUGCGAAAUCUCUCCUAAAGAUAUCAGCAAGUAG